AUGGCUGAAGGUGAUACCUUGGAUAAGAGUGAUGAUGUCACCCUGGAUCAGCGUAUCGAAGGUGAACACUCGCGAGAUAUUACACAAAGUCAACCAAAGCAGUUGUCCAAAGAGGUGAAGGGGAUUCGCUUCAAACGACUUGCAGCCAGGAGGGUGAUGACCCGGUUUGAUGAGGCGAUUAGGACUCUCAUAGAGCAAAAGGGGAGCCGAACAGCCAUCAGGAAGAAUCUCAAUGAUAUUCUGUGUAAGUGGACAGAAAUAGAGUCACUUCAUGCUAAACUUGAAAAAUGUCUUGAAGAAGAUGAAGAGUUAUUAGAGGACGCAAUGACAUUAGCCGAUAUUCAAGUGGAAGUAAACAAUAUUGUUGGUAUAGUAGAUGACCACCUCCAAGAACGAGAGAAUGAGCCAUCGACCUGCGGUGGCUCAGUAGCCGGUUCUCGUCGCAAAGAUUCACCUACCCCUUCCCAAGUUGAACAGGAUGAAUGUCAAGCAAAGUUGGAAGCUCUGGAAAAGAAAAGGCUCGAAGCUGAACAGCAGAGGAAGAAAGAAGCUGCUCAGCUGAGUGAGGUAGCCUCACAGAAAAGAGCGGAGGCCAGUAAACUUCAAAGGGAAGCUGAAGAGGCUGAAAACCGCUCCAAUAUCCUGGAUCAAGAGGAUAAUGAUUCCAGACCUAACUCACCUCUGAACAUUGAUGGUGAAGAGGCACUUGAGGCUGGUGAAAAGGUAGCACUUUAUGUAAAGCAUGUCGAACAGGUGAAGAAAUUAAGCUCGCAAAGUAACCAUAGUGAUGAUGGAGGCAGUCCGGAAGAUUGGAUAGUUCAGUUCCGCAGAACUCUCAAGGUGGACGUCAGAGCUGUGGACCCGGGGAAGAUCCCGGUGCGAGCAGAUGUGCCAGUCUACCAUGGAGACCCACUGAAAUGGUUGUCUUGGAGCGGGUUGUUCAAGGCACUGGUACAUGACACAAAGAUGUCUUCCGAGGCAAAAAUGGGUUUUAUGCACACAAAGCUGUCGAGAGACUGUGACCAGGUCAUCGCUGGCUUGUUUCCAGAUGAUGACGGCUAUGCUGAUGCCCUAAUGUUGUUGAGGGACCGGUACGGCCAUCCAACCACACUGCAAGCUGCACAUCUGCAGGUACUGAAAGUUUUGCCCACCAUUGAUACUAGUGACCGAAGAAACCUAUCUAUGAAGUUCCAGUCAUUUGUAGACCAGACAAGAAGCCACCUAGCAGUACUCAGUCGUUACAGCAAAGGAGAGUCGCCGUUUGUUUCUUCGCUUAUCAACGACUUGACAGACAAAUUGCCCCAAGAAGAUGCAAAAGCUUGGCGAAUUAAAGCUGGUGAGAGAGACGUGCGAAUGACUCUGGAAGCAUUCAGUGUCUGGCUUGGUGCCAGAGGAAGAUCUUACUGGGGUGCCUUACCACCACAGAAACCACAACGAAGAAGAGAUGACCCCGGAGACAACCACCCAAGGAGAUCACUCCACAACCAGCAACAAGGAACCCCCAGGUGUGUGAAUUGUGGGUCUAACCACAAGACAAAAAACUGUGUCAAAUUUAAAGAAUUGCCAGUUGAAGAACGUUUCAAACUAGCCAAGGAGAAGCACCUCUGCUUCGGGUGCUUAGAAGAGUCCCAUAUAUCCCGAAAUUGUCCGAACAAGAAGGAGUGUGGAAUGGGAGAUUGCAAAUUAAAGCAUCAUCCUCUACUGCACCUUGAACAGAAUGCACGAACUGGAACUAUGAAACAGAACCCUUCUGGCGUCGCAUUUGGAAUUAUUGAAGUUUCAGUCAUUGGUGCGGGUGGUGCUGAAGUCAAAGGGAAUAUCUUGUUGGAUGACGGUUCGGACACUACGUUGGUCUCUGAAUCGUUCGUGAAGAAGUUAGGGAUACGCGGAAGGAAAUCGAUGCUCCAAAUAUCUGGUGUUGGUGGUGUAGGAGGAAGGAGAACUUCCUCCCAAGUAACGUUGCGUGUCAAAACGCCUGAAGGAGAUGCAGAGCAUGUUGAUCUCAAUGCAUGGAGCCUUGAAAAAAUCUGCCAACCUGUUGGAACAGUUCGAUGGCCCCAGAUCAAGGACAAGUGGAAACACCUCCAGGACCUUGACCUAAAAACGUCCGGUGGUGAAAUCGAUAUCCUACUUGGACUUGACUAUGCUGACCUACUGGUGCCGUUGGAAGUGAAAACAGGAAAUCCACGAGAACCUGUAGCUAGAAGGACGAGCUUCGGUUGGACUGCUGUUGGACCCCUCAGUAAGUCUCGUAAGAAUUGUUCCAUCCACCAUGUGAUUGUAGUUGACGAGAAACCAUUGGACGUGGCAUUCAAAGAAUUUUGGGAUAGCGAGUCAUUUGGAACAAAGACGUCAAAAGGACAAACGUAUUCCAAAGAGGAACGAUACGCGUUGGAUACCUUAGAACAAGGAACCAAGAAAUUGGAAGUCGGUUAUCAAGUCCCACUGAUGUGGAAAGAGGGAGAGCCACAACUGCAAAACAACCGCCACGCCGCAGUCAAGAGAUUAGAAAGCCUGCAAAGACGGUUCAUUUGGGACCCUGAGUAUGAAAAAGAUUAUCGAAAAGCGAUCCACAAGUAUAUCGAAGCUGGUUAUGCCGAAAAGGUUGACGAAUAUAAUGACCUCGACGGGCCGGACCAAUGGUAUCUUCCACACCAUGGCGUGUACAAAAGAUCUUCGGCAGAGAAAAAGAUUCGUGUUGUUUUCGAUUCCGCAGCUCAAAACAAAGGAAAGUGUUUGAACGAUGCGCUACUGCCCGGUCCAGUCCUACAGAACGAGUUACCUCAAGUUCUCACGAAGUCUCGCGAAGGAGAUAUCGGAUUUGGAGCUGACAUCGAAGCAAUGUUUAGUAGAGUUCGGAUAAGUGAAAGAGACGCAAGAUAUCACCGUUUUUUGUGGACCGAGAAAGACAGCAACGUAGUCGACACCUAUCAAAUGAAUCGAUUGACCUUCGGGGACACGUCAUCACCUUGCGAAGCCAUCUACGUAACUCGCCGAACCGCCACCGAUUAUGGAAGUGGUAAACCAGAAGCAGUAAAAGCGAUUAAUGAGAAUCUCUACGUCGAUGAUUACCUAGAUUCAGCAGAGACGAAGGACGAAGCCGUUCGAAAAGGAAAUGAUGUCAAAGAAAUAUUGGCAAACGGUGACUUCCAUCUGCGAAAGUGGGUCUCCAAUUCACCAGAAGUAACAGCCGCGUUGAAAGGUCCUGUGAGCGACGACCUGACUGCCGAACCCGUUGUGACCGACCUCACUGAUCGCGAACCGGAGACAAAAAUCCUUGGUAUAAAGUGGAACACCGAUAGUGACGAAUUGACAUUUUCCGUAGCCCCGAUGACAAAUGUUACCGACACUCGAAGAGGUCUCUUGAGCAAAUUAGCUGGUGUCUUUGACCCUCUCGGAUUCGCCUCGCCGUUCACGAUAAAAGCGAAGAUUCUUACCCAACAACUGUGUCUGCUGGGCCUCGACUGGGAUGGCGCUCUCCCCGCUUCUCAUGUUAUCAAAUGGGAACAUUGGCUAUCAAAGUUGCCGGAGUUAGAGAGCAUUAAGAUACCCAGAUGCAUACAACCUAACAGAAAGAUUGUGGUGAAAUCAGAACUGCAUACUUUCUGUGACGCGUCGGAAGAAGCUUUCGCCGCUUCGGUUUACUUAAGAAGCGUCUCUGAAGAUAAUCAUGUCGUUUGCUCUCUGGUCAUGGCAAAAACGAAAGUGGCUCCCAAGAAAGCGUUAAGCGUGGCGAGACUGGAAUUACAAGCAGCUGUGCUGGGUGCCCGUUUGGCGAAGUACGUCACCGAAGCACUGACCCGACCAGUUAACCGUCUCUUCUUCUGGACAGAUAGCAAAUGCGUCAUUGGUUGGAUUAGAUCAACGGCUGUUUGGUAUAAGCCCUUUGUUGCCCACCGUCUAGGAGAAAUACAAACCCUAACCGAUCCAAAGUCCUGGCGACACGUGCCUGGUCGAUUGAACGUAAGUGACCUUGCCACCCGAUCGAGAUUCGACCCCAAACAAGAGUUGAUUCCACCACGAUGGUUCAAAGGGCCAGACUUCUUGUACCAAAGCGAAAACGAUUGGCCGAAAGAAGUUCCUGUCGGAGAGCUACAACAACUUGAAAUCAAGCCAAGCCGAGUAUUUGUUGCCAGCUCAAGUGAUGGCGAUUCGUAUUUCUACGCCGAUGUCGAUUUGGAACGAUGUUCCUCAUUGUGGAAAGCUCAACGAAUCAUGGCGCAAGUACACCGCUUUCUUGCGAUUUGCCGUGGAAAGGAUCGAGACAGAGGCAUCCUAACAGUCCAGGAGUUACGAGUGGCAUUGACAAGUUUAGUGCGCCAAUGUCAAAGAGAAGCCUUUGGGGAGGAGCUGAGAUCCUUGAAGAGAACGAAGAGUGUUGAUAAUCAUUCAAAGCUGCUAUCCCUAACACCAUAUUUGGACCAGGAUGAUGUGAUUCGUGUCGGUGGGAGACUCGACCGUGCAAAACUACCGUAUGAAGUGAGACAUCCUAUCAUUUUACCGCAAAAGCACCGCUUAUCAAAACUAAUCGUAGAGAGUUACCACCAUUUGGAGAACCAUGGGGGCGUUGACCAUGUCCUGGCCACCAUUCGACAAAAAUUUUGGAUUGUCCACGGACGGCAAGAGGUGAAACGGGUCAAACGAGAGUGUGGUCGAUGCAAGAGGGAAUGCGCGAAAUUGAGUAGCCAAUUACAAAGCGAACUGCCGAUCGAGAGAUUAACACCAAUGGAACCAGCUUUUUAUCACACUUCAGUUGAUUAUUUCGGACCGUUCCUGGUGCGGUUAACUCGCAACACGACAGCCAAGAGGUAUGGCGCGUUGUUCGCUUGCAUGGUAACUCGGUGUGUUCACCUAGAAGUCGCAGAGUCCCUAUCGGCCCCCGACUUCCUACAAGCAUUACAUAAGAUGAUGGCUAGACGUGGACAACCAAAUUCCAUUUACAGUGAUAACGGCACGAACUUUGUGGGGGCAGAACACGAGUUAAAGUCCAUGGUUAGGGAUUUAAAUAAAAGCGAGAAGUUAAAGAAUCGUCUUGCACGAAUUGGCGAAGGAAUUACGUGGAAAUACCAACCUCCCGCAAGUCCUCAUUGGGGAGGAGUUCACGAGAGUCUGGUAAAGUCCGUGAAGCGAGCACUCUACCGUACGUUGAAUCCGAAAGGAACAACAACAAGUCCUCAUCCGACGGACCCGCAGCUCUCCGCACUUUUCGCUGAAGUCGAAAGAUUUGUCAACUCAAGACCGUUAACGUACGUUAGCAACGAUCCAGAAGAUAUAGAAGCCAUAACGCCGUACCACUUUUGGUUGCAUCGUCGAUCGACUGUUGUACCUCUUGGAGAUUACAGUCGCCCGGAUUUGCGUGAUCGAUUCAAGCAGACGCAACACCUCGCGAAUGCAGUAUGGCAACAAUGGAUAAAGUUAUACUUACCGAGUUUGAUGUCAAGAAGAAAAUGGAAAACCGAAGAAAGAAAUGUAGCAGUGAACGAUGUCGUUCUUGUCGUUGAAUCUGGCGGCUUACGGGGAGAAUGGAAACUCGGACGUAUAAUUUAA